AUGAAUAUUGUCAGUUGGAACUGUCAGGGAGCGGCGUCUAGCGGCUUUAGACGGGCGCUUCACAUGUUGGUUAGAAAACACGAAGUGGAUGUGGUGGGAUUGCUUGAACCAAGGAUUUCUGGCAAUUCUGCGGACAAGGCUUGCAAGAGCUUUGGCUUUGAAAACUGGAUCCGUGUGGAAGCCGUAGGGUUUAGCGGGGGAAUAUGGAUCCUCUGGAAUGAUGGAGUUAGGGUGGAAAUUGUCGCCACUAAUCCCCAAUAUAUUCUAACAAGAAUCGGUAAGAACAAUAAAAACUUUGGUAUUGUGUCGUUCGUCUACGGGAGUCCAUCGAGCUGCUAUAGGAAAAAGCUGUGGGAGGGACUGUCGACCGACAACUUUCAUAUGCAUGAGGGUUGGCUUGCAGUGGGAGACUUCAAUGCAGUGACAUGCAUGGAGGACGUGAGCAACCAGCAAAAUUUCAGCAAUCACAGAUGCGUAGGUAUGAACGAAUGGAUUUUUAAAGAAGGUUUAAUUGAUAUGGGUUUUGUUGGUCCCAGGUUCACUUGGACGCGAGGUAGGGAAUCAACAACUUUCACCGGAGCGAGAUUGGACCAGGCUCUAUGUAAUCUGGAUUGGAUCACGCAACACCCGGGAACAAAAGUAUCGCACAUAACCCGAGUGUGCUCCGACCACUCACCCCUCUUGAUCGAAUUAGGGAGGAAAAUGGAGACGCCUAAGGGACCUGGCUUUCUCUUCCAAGCAGCUUGGACGAUACAUGAGGGGUUUAGGCAAGUAACGGAGGAUUGCUGGGACUGUGACAAGCCUAUCAUGGAAAAUAUACACAGCAUGCAAGCCGGAUAUGAGGAGUGGAAUACAGUAGUAUUCGGGAAUAUUGAAAAACGUAAGAGGAAGCUCAUGUCCAGAAUUGAUGUCAUUCAAAGGGCCAUGGGCUGCCAACCAACGAAUGGACUCAUCAAGCUUGAAAGGAAACUGAGGUCCGAACUAGAAGAAACACUCCACCAAGAAGAGAUAAAAUGGUUACAAAAAUCAAAAGAGGACUGGAUUCAAUCCGGGGAUCGGAACACACGUUUCUAUCAUGCGGCAACGAAGGUUAGACAAACAAGAAACAAAGUACAUGGCCUCAAGAAUGACAAAGAUGAAUGGGUCCAUGACAGAAAGGCAAUUGAAGUAAUGAUUCUAAGCUACUACAAAUUACUGUACGCACGAGAGGACAGGGAUUUUAAUUUCGAAGUUUGCACUAGUAAGUUCCCAAUCAUCGAUGAAAGGAAAUGA